AUGGAUGUGGAAUCUCCAGCUUCACCCGGCAUUGAAUCGCCGGCAAGUCCAACUUCUGCUCCUAUCCCGAUCAUUGCUGAAAUUCCUGAAGCGCCAGAACAGAUAGAAGAGGAACCGAUCGCAGAUGUCUUGCCUGAAGAGCACUCCACAAGCGGCAGCAAGGAUCAGCGGAAGACUUACUCUAAUGCAGAAUGGUGCGAGAAAUAUCGAAAGAUCACUACAAUUUAUGAGGCUUUCAUGAAACUAACAGCAAUGGGCGAUGUAACCUCUGUGUACCGUCGUGCUGUUUGGGUUUCAUUGCCGGCUACUGAAAUAGUUUCACCUGCAUCAGAAGCAUUCUGUUAUAUACCGGCUUCAAGGAAUGCUGUUUUGGGUUUUAUUGGACUACUCAUUCAUGAGAAUACACAUCAAAGUUUUUUGAGCAAGGAAAACCCUCAAUGUGCCGUAGACUACAGCUCUGUAGAGAAUGCUGCUAUAACACUGAUGAAGAUGGUCGAAAAUGCUGUGGCAUCGUCCUUUCUUAAACAGUCUGCGAUUGAUGUCCUUUCAUGGUGCUGCACUAUAUCGUCGGAGUUGUCUCAACAUAAUGCUGGUCGCUCAACCCUAAUGAAUCUGCCACGAGGAGCUGAAUCUAUCCUUGAUAUGUUUACAAUGGUUGGAUCUGUUGCUCAACUUAUAAAGCUGAUCGACACUACUAUAAACGUCCUGCUUUCAAAGUGUCCAGAUGAAUGCAUGACUGUACUGUUCGAAGCUUCACGCCAUGGCAGUCAUUUCAAUUGGAUUUGGCUCCACAUUGCAAUCACUUUUCCUGGAUCUAUUGUGGAUCAUCUGUUCACUGUUGGUGCCGCUCAGUUUAAAGCCUAUGUUGAAGAUUUUAAAGUCAAAGAGAGAAACCAGGUGUCCGCAGCUGUUCUAGCUAGUAUACACGAGGACUACAAUAUGAAACUCAGUUCUUUAUCCGAUGUUUUCAAUUUCCUUACACGGCGAAGUAACACGGAACUAGAAAAAGUUGUUUCUCGCAUGAUUAAGGAUAGUCUUGAUAAGCCUUCAAAGGAGGGAGUGUUUGAAAACCUGGACUUCGUGUUUUUCUUCAAACUGGUAACGUGUUCUGUGGAAACACUUCGUUGUCUCAUUCGGCAAAACUCUGAUGCAGCUACGCCGUCGAACUUUUUCCGAGGAAUUCGUCAACUGAUGUCUGUUGAUCAGCGUCUUGUGCUUUCUUCAAUGCCUUACAUGGAAUUUACAAAACAAAUGGUCCGUGCCUUAGAUGUGCAUUCACUGUCUGUCGUUUUCGCUAACGUUAUGGAAAUGGCUCUUGACCCACUGAUUUUCAGUCAGUUUGAACAUCAAGAUCCUGGAGUAUGUCGUGCCAUUCGGGAGAAGAUAGUCAUAGUAGUGGGCGAGAUAGUGAAUCUCAUAGUACGAACCGCUCAUUCCAAGCAAAAUCUCUCCAUUGCCGAAUAUCCUCCAGCUGCUGAAUUUGCUUCCGGAAAAAGGUUACAGUUCGUCAUUGAUGCUGCUAUUUCAAGUCCACCCUGGGCUGGGACUGUCAUCCGCUAUCUUCACGGUGUAUCGAUUAUAUAUGGGGAAAUGAAAGCCGCAGAAAUCAUUUGUCGUUUCAUAACUGGAUGCAAUGAACCGCAAUCGCUCUCCGCUCUAUGCGCAUUCCUUUCCACGAUUGUGCCGUACUAUCCAAAUGUAAUGCGCUGUGCUUACGAGUCUUUGACUAAUGUUAUGCGCGUGGUUGACAGAGAGAACGAUACAUCAAGGUCCUCAAUUCUUCGGGUUCUCAACAACAUACGAGUCCUUCUUGAAUGGGAACAAACAGCUGAAGACUCACUGCAGUUGAAAUAUUUCCGUCUUUAUCCCGAUGCGACGCUUGGAGAACUUUAUACUAGUCUUUUGUACGUUGUCCUGAAUACUGCUGAAGAAUCCAUCGAAACGGAUGAUAUACAAACAGCGAUGGAUUUGGUGCUGGCUGUUUCUCGUUUGAUCGAGGUCACAUCUACUUCCAUGGCGCAGUUUAAAGAGGGAUCUCCUAAUCGCUCUGUGAAGAUGCAAAUCCGCUAUGCCUAUAAGCUUAUGCUACAGCUAGCAUCUUUGCAACGCGUAGCUUUAUCGAUGGUUUGUCGUGAAUGUGACAUUGCGAUUUCCGUCUUUGAAGAGUAUCGAACAACCAUUUUCCUUUUCGUAUUCCGGCAAUUGAGUUCUUUCCUACCAGGUUACAACCACCUAUUCUUGCUGUCAUUUCUCACGUGUUGUAUCCAGGAAGCGAAAAUGCUGUUUGGCGAUUCAGAGGACCUCGUGGCUUGGAAAUAUGAGAGUGAAGAGCGCGCAGCUAAGCUGACAGAAAUCGAGGAAGCUCAGGAAGAAUCUUUUCUGCAAGCAAUUAGAUCUAUUCCGCUUGGCAGGCGGCCCAACGAAUUGGCCCAUUCGGGGAUUAUUGGAAAAGGCGCACGACAUCUGCAGAAACCCAAACCACCUGAUGAGAACGCACUUCAUCGAGCUCAUGUCUUUUUGGAUGCAAUGAGAACAACCUGUCUUUCGCAUACCAGAGAAUCAAACCUCGAAACAUGCAAACUUGUGGCAGAAGUAAUGACGGAAGCUUUAUGUCAUGACGCGCUCGGUGGAGAUUUUCUUUUUCAAGACUGGGACAUCGAAAGGGAUUUUGUUUCAAAAUUCUUGGAAAUCUCCAAGAGAUUAUAUUCGAGCUGGAUUAGCCAAGGGUUGAUGGAAAUAGUUGCAGAAAAUCCUCCGUGCCUAUGGUUUAUGCUUCCCGUAGUCAAGGCUGAACUUGCCACCAUUAUGACAAAAUUCGAAAACGUUGUGGAUAAAUCCAAGCCCCCAACGGAGGAAAUGAUCGAUCGAUUUGACAGAUGGUUGUAUAUAGUAAGAAAGGGUGAUAUCCUUUCAGAAAGGUUUGAUCUAACGCUGGAGAUUCUUCCCCAUGUUUCUUGUUAUGAGGGCUUCUUGUUGCUGCUCGAAAUUUGGAGGCAUUUUCAGCGACGAGGCGCAUCUUGCAACAGUGUGCUAGCAGUCCACAGUGCAGUCUUAAAAGGAGAGGAUGCGAGGCUACAUAUCACGAUGGAUUCGAACACAGAAAUCUACCGGUUGGUGCUACAGAGGAACAUUGCUGAUCUUGGACAUUUGUUCCCGUUGUUAUAUGCUUCGGAAACGGUAUCAUAA